AUGUCGGUAUAUUGUUUACAAUUAAUUAAAUGUAACAUACAAAAAUUAUCGCUAAAAAAUACAUGUCGACAAUUUCAUACAUCGAUUUUAUACUUAUCUAAGGAUAUAUUUCAUGUGCAAGAUGAAGCAGAUUUUCAAAAACAAGUUCUUGAUAGUAAAAAACCAUUUCUAGUCGAUUUUCGAGCUAGUUGGUGUGGACCAUGUAGAAUUUUAGAACCUCGAUUAGAAAAAUUAAUUACAAAUUAUAAUAAAAAUGUUAAAUCUUCAUCUGAUGAUCAAUAUAUUACAUUGGCAAAAAUUGAUAUAGAUAAAUUCAGUGAAUUAAGCAGUAAAUAUAAAGUGAAAGCAGUACCGACAGUAUUGGCUAUAAAAAAUGGUAAAGAAAUCGCUCGAUUUACUGGCCUUGUCGAUGAAGAUCGAAUUGAAACAAUACUUGAUCAACUCAAUCGUUAA